AUGGCAAUUUCCAGUUUGGUUGGAUCCUUCUUGCCUGCUCCAAAACAGCUGGAAUUAUUGCAAAAUUUGGUGGACAAACAGCAGUUUGAAGAGCUACAUGAAGUGCUCGGCCAAAUCGAAUUCAGCACUUCUGUAGUGUCUGAAAUCGAGGAAUCAGUAAGUUUACGAGUGAUCAAAAGUCUGGAUGCUAGCUUAGACUCCGAGGAGGCGGGCUACGCGGAGGGAAUCGUGGGAUUAUUAGCGAGCCUCGAUGUGACGUUUGCUCGUGUACAGGAGUGGGCGCUCCAAAACCUUGAAAGAGGACUAGAAAAUGCGUCCAGAGCGUCUCUGGAGCUACUGGAUAAAGUUUAUACCCUCCGAAAUGGCCAAAAGUCUCCUCAGGAUCCACUACUGGAUCGAAAACUCAUUUCUCUUUUAGCCAGUGUGGAUGGACCCAUUGCUGAACAAGCUUCCCAAGUUCUCAAAUGGCGAAUUGACGCAAUUAAAAGGGAGUGCUUGGAGACACAAGACUUUGACCGCGAUAUUUGGCUCCAAAUAUCGAAUUUGUUGGCCCUGGGUGCCGACAACGGUAAAUAUAAAAUGUGCCUUCUCUUCAUAUUGAGGGCUAUGCUUGGAAAAGACCCCAUCAGUCCACAGUUCAUGGCUUUAACGAAGACAGAUGUGUAUUGGUCUUCUUUGAAGCAGGGCCUGGGCCAUGACAUUCACGAAAUUCGCAAGUACUCUCUUUCAAUAAUAAAGCUAACUCUACAAGCAUUCCCCGAGGAAGAGUCGUUUGAGAACACCCUGGUGCGCUGGUCUUCCAAGGACCACACAAACAUCAUGGCUGCCUGGAAGAGGUUCAUUACCCUGUACGAAAUAGUCGCUCUAGAUACCGCUUUGAACCAGUUUGAAGCUGCCAGUGGAGAGAUAUUAGACCUCUUGGAAAACGAUUUCAUAAAUGGCCAGUGGGGUAUUAUAAUUUUUACUACAGGGCUCAAAGCGAGCAUGGAAAGUGUCCGUCGGUUCACUGUCAGUCUCAUGUUCCAGAUAAGGGACAAAGCUAUUUUUCACACUUGCUGCCAUGAAUUAAAGCUCCAGUAUCUUCCUGCCUCAAUGUACGCACCAUAUUUUUCAGUUAUAGGGAACGAGUGCCCAUUUGGUGAAGCCUUAAGCAACUUUGUUGCAGAGCUCAUCACACAUACUCAACGCAGUCCAUUUUCAGAUCAAGUUCCAGAAAUGAUCCUCUCCAUUUUGAGCUGUUUAUACAAUCAACGGGCAGCAUUCGAUCCUCCGAAAAUAUACAUUAGCGUAGGUCUGUACCGCGCUUUAAAGUUGUUGAAGCUGCACUCGUUAGGAGAAGAUCACAUUAACCUCAUAUCACAACUUUUUGAAGUGACCUCUGAGGAUGAAGUUUCUGAGUGCACGCUACAGACACUGUACUUGAAGAUGCUGAUGCAUAUCAAAGUUGAUACCUCUCCGCUUGCGUGGAUAAGCGCUUUCAUCAAACACAUUAGAGCCAAUGGCGGAAGCUAUAAGUACAUCGCACCUCUUUUUGAUGAUUAUAUUGACGUGGCACUCAAAUGCUUUGAUAAAGAGUUUGCUCGAAACGAAUGUUCGCUCACGGAAGAUAGUGAUAGCACCUUCCAGGUUUUGGUAUACGCCAUUUUUGGUGUAAAACCUCAUGCCCCAGCCUUACUAUUUCUCAAAGAGCUCGUUAAAUCCGAGUGGAAGACUGAUGAAUACAAAGAAUUUUACAUUGCUGAACUUACCAACCUUAUUUCCAACAAGGCAGAUGACUCUGAUUACACGGACGCCGAUGUACUUAGUAAGCUACCGCUGUUUGGAUCGUCGGCAUGGAACUCUGUAAAGCUGGACAACCUGUAUCUUGCCUUUCAAAAACAUUUUCUCGUUGAUAAGUUUAGAUUCUUCGUCUCGUGCUAUCAGCAAACUGUGACCUAUUGCCUCAACUGUGACCUGGUUACAUUCGAAGACCUACUUAUAAUUUAUGAAUCUUUAGUUGCUUACUGUGGUACGCACUUCAUUGGGAACUUUAGAUACAGAGAUUCGAUUUAUCGAGAUUUUUUCGAAUUACUGUUAUCGUUUUUGAAGUGUACUACUUUAAAAUCAGGCUCUAAUACGAAGGAAAGUGAGCUUGACAUUGUCCUGGGACUUUUGAACAGAAAUGUACUUGAUGACAAUGGUAACUACGAGGCGAACGUUACAAUUGUCAAAGUGUGCCACUUCAUUCUGGAAACAUAUGUUAUGUCAAAAUUACAAACUUUGGAAGAUGGAAUAGAAACUGAUGUUUCGAUCGUCGAGAAAAUUGUUCAAAUACUGAGCAAUAUAUGGGAAUUUGUAUCUCGCGACAGGCUUGUUUUGAACCAAAGGGAUCUCCACCUCAGCUACAUCAAGACUCUUUUCCAUCCUACGAUUCUAUUCUUUGCCGUUGGACCUAGCAACCCACAAUUUCCUUUGGAUAGUACGCUUUUAAAGCAGGGCCUCGACAUUGCGGCUCAGUCAUACUCAAGACGGACAUUUUUGCCGGUUCUAAGCCGCAGCUUAAAUCAAUUCAUGGAGACAUUCGGAGCCGAUUUGAAAUCCAAUCAACACAAUUACACUUGGCUUGUGACACUCCUGUUCAAAAUUUUUGUCCAAGAUCAACUACCCGUCAAUUCUUUCAAACUGAAACCUAUUAUUGCCAAGCUUUUUGAUGAACAAAUUGAUGUCUUUGGCGGUACUCUUGGAGGGCUUUACCAAAAGGUUUAUCAUACUCCAGAAAUUGCGAGCCGCGUUUAUAUUGUCAGCGCUCUUCUUCAUGCAAGCGAUGACUUUAAAAAGGACUCUGUCGUUCAGCUCUUUGAAAAUGAUUCAAAUAUUUUGAAAGCAAAAAAAAGUACAGAUGGGUCAGAGGAGCUGGAAAGGUUACUCAAGUGGCAACUGUUGAUGUUAGCCGUGAAAUCGAUAAACAUAACGGAUUUAAGCUCCAUUGUCCAGCAAAAAAUUCUCCCGAGUAUUAUGGUCGAAGGCUCCCCGCUCGUUAGGGUUUACUCGGAAUGGAUAACAGCAUUUGUUCUGUCGCAAGAAUGCUCUGCAAAGUCUGCUAGCAAGCUCGAAGAUGCUCUAUUUGAAAUCUUGGAGGACCAAUCGAGGCCUUUAUUGGCAGUAACUGCAGCAAGAGUGAUGUUUGUUUCAUUGAAAGGUGUAAUUGGCACUAAAGGCUGCACAAGAUUUUUAGAGAGAUUUAUCUCUAAGCAAAUACCCAACUGUGCCUCUAACAAACCGCUUAUCCGGCACUUUUCUAAUUCCCUGAUGCUGUCCUUGUGGCCGUCGCUACAAGAACAUAUCACCGAAGAAGCGUUGAAAGGUGUUUUAGAGAACUUAUUUCUGAAUGCUCAAAAAUUGCAAGUUCAUGGACAAUUCAGACCAGGUGACGCUAUCAUUUGGAAUCUUCAUACUGACUUCAAUCUCACGGGCAUUUUUGGUGGUGUUUUACUCAAAAUUACAGAUCAUGAUGUCCCAUAUAUAAGCUCUUACACAUUUCAGAAAUAUUUGACGUGUGUGGAUGAGUUACCAAUUGGCACAGACGAGAAAGACCUAUGGUUAGCUAAGAGACACCAAGCCAAAAAAGCGUCAGGUACUGAGGUACAAAAGGACUCGCCGUUACAGACGAAAAGCGGUGCAUGGGAAACCGUUAUGAAUGUAGAGGACAUGAAAUCUAGCGAAGCUGUCAAGCGUACUCCUUUGAUCGUAGUUGCUUCUUUGGUUGACAAGGCCCCGAACUUAGGAGGUAUUUGUAGACUUUGUGACGUUUUGGGAGUUGGACUAUUGACUGUCCACGAUCUCCGAGUGAAAAACCAUCCACAGUUUAAGAGUGUUGCCGUGACGGCUGAUCGUUGGAUGCCUAUGGACGCUGUGCCAGUUGAUGAAAUAACGUCCUUCAUGCGCUCAAAAAAAAAGGAGGGUUAUACUUUGAUUGGUCUUGAGCAAACCGACAAGUCGCUACAACUUGAUAACAAAUUCCCCUUCCCUGCGAAAAGUUUAAUUUUGCUGGGUACUGAGGCGCAAGGUAUUCCAGGCCAUUUAUUGGGUGAACUAGAUCUGUGCUUGGAGAUAAAGCAGUCCGGUGUGAUUCGUUCAAUGAACAUUCAAACGGCAACUGCGGUCAUUGUACAUUCAUACUCAGCGCAGCACACCUAA